UCCACUAUCAACGGUACGGCCACUCAACAAACCCGCAGUUCUAACGCGACAUGUACAAUCAACAUCCCCAGUGCGAGUGUAGACUACUGGUUUGGCCCAACAUACAACCAUGUGGUAGGAAUUAUGACAACCCAGGCAUCGAAUUUCAGUAAUGUGGAUUCGUAUACUCUUGUUCCUUAUACGACAACCUUUGAUGCGUCCAGUGCACUGGCAUCAGAUUAUGCAUGCAUCUACAGCGAGUCGUAUUAUGCUGAAUGGGAUUUCACGGUUACCAUGUGCGAAGAGUACACAGCAAGACCUAAAGCAGCUACAACGUCUGUCGCCUACCGGUCUGCAGGCUACUCUCCAUUUCCUUCUGGUAAUGUCAUCCCGACGUCGGACGCCGGGUUGUAUGAUCUGUUCUACCCAGAUACUUUCCCGUCUGCCACCGCUACGAUUACCCUUGGGCCAAAUACCAUGAUGGUUCAGACUUCUGCGACACCUUUCGUCUAUUUCACAGCUUAUGAGAUUGAAUCAGGGAACAAGACGCAGACGGUACAGCUUCGUUCCACCCAAGUCUACCCUUACUGGAUGCAAGGAUUCGACGAGGAAAAUACAGUGACGGGCUCAUUGCCAGAUGGUUUUCUCAACCAGGUUCCACAGUCUGCAUGUGAUGCUGGACAACUAAAGGCCACCGUUGUAACUGUCCUCAUUGUCGUCGACCUAUACUAUCAAAACUGGCCCGGUAUAGGUCCGGCUCUCAUCCACGUCGAGUCUUCUGUACUUGGUUUUGACGACGGACCCGUCGUCGUAAAUGGCUGGGGCGGCAGCACGUCGAAGGCUCCUCCACUUACAGUAUCGGACUGGAACCUUCCGGGUGAUAACAGCAAACCAACGCCCACCAUCGUCAAGCCAAACGACCGACCUCAUUCAGUUCCCACGACGAAGAUGCGCGGCAGUGAGAAUAACAACGCGGUGAACCCUCCCGAAUUCACUCGAGUUACCGUCGGUUCUGUGGGCACAAAACCCGUCGUAGUUGGUCCUUCUUCAAGAGUUGUUGUUGGCUCGCAGACGUUACAAGCUGGAGGACCUCCAGUCAAUAUUGGAGGCGGAACUAUGGUUUCCCUUGCGCCAUCGGCUACGGCCAUCGUUGUGGACGGCAGGACUUCUAUGCUACCUCAAGUUACUCCGUCACGACCUCCCCCAGUGCUGACGAUUGGCUCGACGACACUUACACCCAACGCUGCGACCCAAUUCUUCGUUGGUCCUGGUCAAACCCUCACCCCUGGAGGCAUCGCUACUGUGGAUGGUACUGUCGUCAGUUUGGCACCGUCGGCUUCUUUCGUGGUCAUCGGAGGUUCCACCCAAAUUCUACCAGGAUCAGGACCAGCUCCGAAUAGCCCACCACAGUUGGUGGUUGGUGGCUCAACGAUCACGGCGCAAGCAACCCAGGGCACGUCCAAUAAUCUUAACAGCCCAGACAAUCCAAGACGUAACCCGACGUUCGUCGUCUCGGGGCAGACGCUCGCUCCGGGUGGCCCAGCUAUUACUUUCUCGGGGACGACAAUAUCGCUUGCGCCUUCCGCUUCAUUCGUCGUAGUCAAUGGAAUUACUUCAGCACUUGCUAUUCCUACUCCGCAGGCCGGCAACUCUCCUACGAUCACUAUCGGCAAUGAUAUUAUCGGCGCUCUUUCAGAGCCUUCAGGACCAACUUUCGUGAUAGACGGUCAAACACUCGUUCCCGGUGGUCCAGAGAUCACUGUCUCAGGCACCACGUUAUCACUCGCUCAAUCGGCGUCUUUUGUCGUGAUCAAUGGCGUCACGUCUACAUUAGCUACUCCAGCCUCUCCACAAAUUACAGCGCCUCCUUUGACCAUCGGAGAUUUGACAUUCGGACCGCUUCCAGGAACUAGCACUGCCUAUCUAAUCGGGUCGAGACUGCUUACCGUGGGG